AUGGUGAUCGAAAAGAUUUGCUGUCUCGGUGCUGGCUACGUCGGAGGACCUACGUGUAGUGUUAUAGCUCUCAAAUGCCCUAAUAUUAAAGUGACUGUAUGUGACAAGAGCUUGGAGAGGAUAAAUCAAUGGAACUCAGAUAAAUUACCGAUUUACGAGCCCGGGUUAGACGAAGUUGUUAAGCAAUGUCGCGGACGGAACUUGUUCUUCUCUACAGACAUAGAAGCGAGCAUUUUGGAGGCCGAUUUAAUUUUCAUCUCAGUGAACACACCGACUAAAACCAUCGGUAACGGCAAAGGUAGGGCUGCGGAUCUGAAAUACAUAGAAGGCGCAGCCCGAAUGAUUGCCGAUAUAGCGACGAGUAAUAAAAUAGUUGUAGAAAAGAGUACGGUGCCAGUGAAAGCGGCUGAAAUUAUCAUGAAGAUACUCCGCGCUAACACGAAACCCGGCGUCGAAUAUCAAAUAUUAUCGAACCCGGAGUUCUUGGCCGAAGGUACAGCGAUCGUGGAUUUAGUUGAAGCUGAAAGGGUCCUCAUAGGAGGAGAAGAUACUCCCGAAGGCCAGAAGGCGGUGCAGGAAUUGUGUUGGGUCUACGAACAUUGGAUUCCAGCCAAAAACAUACUCACAACUAAUACCUGGAGCUCAGAAUUGUCGAAACUGGCUGCAAAUGCAUUCCUCGCUCAAAGAAUAUCCAGUAUUAACUCAUUAUCAGCCGUCUGCGAGGCUACGGGAGCUGACGUGUCCGAGGUAGCCAGAGCAGUAGGUCGAGAUUCAAGAAUCGGGCCAAAAUUCCUCGAAGCAUCAAUUGGCUUUGGUGGUAGUUGCUUCCAAAAGGAUAUACUAAACCUAAUUUAUCUAUCCGAGUGCUUAAAUCUUCCCGAAGUGGCCGCCUACUGGCAGCAAGUAGUCAGCUUGAAUGAUUACCAGAAAACUAGAUUCACCCGCAAAGUUAUCGAAUCAUUAUUCAACACUGUGGCAGACAAGAAAAUUGCUAUACUUGGCUUCUCAUUCAAGAAGAACACCGGAGACACCAGGGAAUCUCCAGCCAUAUAUGUAUGUAAGACAUUACUCGACGAGGGGGCUAAACUGCACAUUUAUGACCCUAAAGUUGAACAUGAACAAAUCUUCUACGAGUUAUCUCAUCCUUUAGUCACAAAUGAGCCGGAAAACGUCCGGAAAAACAUCCAAAUACAUGAAACCGCUUAUUCCGCCGUCGCUGGUGCCCAUGCCCUUGUACUCUGCACCGAAUGGGAUGAAUUCAAAACUUUAGAUUAUAAGAAAAUAUAUGAAGUCAUGAUGAAGCCGGCCUAUGUGUUUGAUGGAAGGAAAAUCCUCGACCAUGAAGCCUUAUUGAACAUGGGAUUCCACGUACAGACGAUCGGUAAGAGGCUGUCCAGAACUAGCAGUAUCCGAGCCCAAGGCAGCCAGACCAUGCCGUAA